AUGAAACGUGAUAUCAAAUCCCUACUAACUGAUCAGAAGUUCACUGUUACAGAACUGAAAGAUGCUGAAACAUCUAUUGUGAGAUUCAUACAAUCAGAACAUUACAGGUCAGAGAUAAACGACUUGAGGAAAUCUGGGUCAGUGAAUAGGAAUAGUGGAAUUCGCAGAUUGAGCCCAUUUCUUCAUGACGGACUACUGCAUGUUGGAGGUCGUCUAUCACGAGCGCGCAUAUCUGAAGAUAUGAAGCAUCCUAUUCUGAUCCCUUGUACCAGUCCUAUCAGUAUCUUGAUCAUCAGAGAGAUUCAUGAGAAUUCUGGACAUAUUGGACGUUCACAGGUACUGUCUACUUUGAGACAGCGCUAUUGGAUAACGAAGGCAAAUAGCACAGUCCGCAGCGUCAUCAACAAAUGUACAACAUGUCGAAGAUAUAAGAGGCAGACAAGUACUCAGCUCAUGUCGGACUUACCAGAGAAAAGAGUUAAUCCAGCUCCUCCAUUUGCAUAUUGUGGUGUGGAUUUCUUCGGCCCACAUACAGUGAAAGAAGGAAGAAAAAGCGUGAAACGUUACGGGGCUCUCUUCACUUGUUUCACCAGUCGAGCUAUCCAUAUCGAAGUAGCAAAUUCCUUGAGCACAGAUUCUUUCAUACAGGCCUUGCGUCGUUUCAUCGCAAGAAGAGGACCUGUACAGGAAAUCCAUUGUGAUAAUGGUACAAACUUCACCGGGGCAGCAAAAGAACUUGAACAAUCUGUACAAGAAAUGGAUCAGUCUAGAUUACAUGAGUACUUGCUGAAAAGCAACAUUUCCUGGAAGUUUAACCCACCAACAGCUAGUCACAUGGGCGGCGUGUGGGAGCGACUUAUACGUUCCGUGCGUACUGUUCUUAAUCCCCUACUGCGAGAGUUUGGAGAGCGAAUAGAUGAUGAGUCCUACAGAACACUGCUGACUGAAGUUGAAGGUAUUGUAAAUUCCCGACCCUUGACAACGUCGUCUGAUGAUCCGCUUGAUCUCCAGCCUCUAACGCCAAAUCACCUCCUCAUGGUGAAAACACAAGUCUUUAUUCCUCCGCCUGGAACAUUUCAGAGGAAUGAUGUCUAUAUGCGUCAACGUUGGAGAUGUGUUCAACAUUUGACCAACCUUUUCUGGACAAGGUGGAAAAAUGAGUAUCUCCUUACCUUACAAAAACGUCAAAGUGGAAUGCUCCGAAACGUAACUUUGAAGUAG